UCGUCGUUGAAAACGUCUAAGGUUGAAGUCGCCGUAGCCGUCACCGUCACCGGCGCUCUAGGGUCUCUCCGUUUCCGUCCAUUUCUCUCAUUUUUCAGGUGGUCUCGAUCAAGGCCUGAGACUGGAAGUUGCAAUUUUGAAGAUUGGUGGUUUUAGAUAUUUUGAUUUUGAUCAAUAGCCAUGGCAUGGUUUAGGUCUGGUUCUAGUUUAGCAAAGCAUGCUAUUAGGAGGUCUUUGUCUCAAGGUGGAUCAUAUGCAGCAAGAACACGGGUUCUUCCAUCACAGAACCGAUAUUUCCAUACUACUGUGUUUAAAUCAAAGGCACAGGCUGCUCCUGUCCCUCGUCCUGUGCCCCUUUCUAAGCUAACUGAUAGCUUCUUGGAUGGAACCAGUAGUGUCUACCUAGAAGAGCUUCAGAGGGCUUGGGAAGCUGACCCAAAUAGUGUUGAUGAGUCAUGGGACAAUUUCUUUAGGAAUUUUGUGGGUCAGGCUGCCACAUCCCCUGGAAUUUCAGGCCAGACAAUACAGGAGAGUAUGCGCUUGCUGUUGCUUGUGAGGGCUUACCAGGUUAACGGGCACAUGAAAGCAAAGUUGGAUCCCUUGGGUUUGGAAGAGAGAGAAAUCCCAGAUGACUUGGAUCCAGCUCUCUAUGGUUUCACUGAAGCUGACCUUGAUAGAGAAUUUUUUUUAGGUGUGUGGAGGAUGUCUGGGUUUUUAUCAGAAAACCGACCUGUGCAAACACUGAGGUCUAUAUUGAAUCGGCUUGAGCAGGCUUAUUGUGGAAGUGUUGGGUAUGAAUACAUGCACAUUGCUGAUCGCAAUAAGUGUAACUGGUUAAGAGAGAAGAUCGAGACUCCAACACCGACCCAAUAUAAUCGACAGCGCCGAGAGGUCAUUCUUGAUAGGCUACUAUGGAGUACACAGUUUGAAAAUUUUUUGGCCACCAAGUGGACAACAGCUAAGAGGUUUGGGCUUGAAGGUGGGGAAACAUUGAUUCCUGGCAUGAAAGAGAUGUUUGAUCGCUCUGCAGAUCUUGGGGUUGAGAGCAUAGUUAUUGGAAUGCCUCACAGAGGAAGAUUGAAUGUGCUGGGUAAUGUUGUUCGAAAGCCACUCCGUCAAAUAUUUAGUGAGUUUAGUGGUGGUACAAAGCCUGUGGAUGAAGUUGGGCUCUAUACUGGAACUGGUGAUGUCAAGUAUCACCUGGGAACUUCUUAUGAUCGACCUACUAGAGGAGGAAAAAGAAUCCAUUUGUCUUUAGUUGCGAAUCCAAGUCACUUGGAAGCUGUGGACCCAGUUGUUGUUGGAAAAACUAGAGCAAAGCAAUACUACUCCAAUGAUGUGGAUAGGACCAAGAACAUGGGCAUUUUGAUCCAUGGGGAUGGUAGCUUUGCUGGACAGGGUGUAGUCUAUGAAACUCUUCAUCUCAGUGCACUUCCAAACUAUACAACUGGUGGGACCAUACAUAUUGUUGUGAACAACCAGGUGGCUUUUACCACUGACCCAAGGUCAGGCCGGUCUUCUCAGUAUUGUACUGAUGUUGCCAAGGCCUUGAAUGUGCCCAUUUUCCAUGUGAAUGGUGAUGAUGUGGAGGCAGUUGUUCAUGUCUGUGAGCUUGCAGCAGAGUGGCGCCAAACCUUCCAUUCAGAUGUUGUGGUUGAUUUGGUCUGUUAUCGUCGAUUUGGUCACAAUGAGAUUGAUGAGCCAUUUUUCACACAGCCCAAGAUGUAUAAGGUCAUCCGAAAUCAUCCCUUAGCUCUUCAGCUCUAUCAGAAGAAACUGUUAGAAUCUGGACAGGUGACCCAGGAAGACAUUGACAAGAUAAAUCAGAAGGUCAAUUCAAUUCUCAAUGAAGAGUUUGUAGCAAGCAAAGAUUAUGUUCCAAAAAGAAGGGAUUGGCUUUCUGCGUUUUGGGCUGGAUUUAAGUCACCUGAACAGCUUUCACGAAUCCGAAACACUGGAGUGAAACCUGAGUUAUUGAAGAACAUUGGGAAAGCAAUCACUUCUCUUCCAGAGAAUUUUAAGGCCCAUAGAGCAGUGAAGAAGGUAUAUGAACAACGUGCACAAAUGAUUGAAACAGGGGAAGGCAUUGACUGGGGACUCGGGGAGGCACUUGCUUUUGCUACAUUGUUGGUAGAAGGUAACCAUGUUAGGUUGAGCGGUCAGGAUGUUGAAAGAGGUACAUUUAGUCAUCGACAUUCUGUACUUCAUGAUCAGGAAACAGGGGAGAUACACUGCCCUUUGGAUCAUGUUAUCAUGAACCAAAAUGAGGAGAUGUUUACUGUCAGCAACAGCUCUCUUUCAGAGUUUGGUGUUCUUGGAUUUGAAUUGGGUUACUCAAUGGAAAAUCCAAAUUCGUUGGUUCUCUGGGAAGCCCAAUUUGGUGACUUUGCUAAUGGGGCUCAGGUGAUCUUUGAUCAAUUUUUGAGCAGUGGUGAGUCAAAGUGGCUGCGCCAAACUGGUCUUGUUGUGCUGCUUCCUCAUGGUUAUGAUGGCCAAGGUCCUGAACAUUCAAGUGCACGACUAGAGCGUUUCCUUCAGAUGAGUGAUGAUAAUCCAUAUGUUAUCCCUGAGAUGGAUCCAACUCUCAGUAAACAGAUUCAGGAGUGCAAUUGGCAAGUUGUUAAUGUUACUACUCCUGCUAAUUACUUCCAUGUUUUGCGACGUCAGAUACACAGGGAAUUCCGAAAGCCUCUCAUUGUGAUGUCCCCCAAAAACUUGCUUCGUCACAAGGAGUGUAAAUCAAAUCUUUCUGAAUUUGAUGAUGUUCAAGGCCAUCCCGGUUUUGACAAACAGGGGACCAGAUUUAAGCGGCUUAUAAAGGAUCAGAAUGAUCACUCUGAUCUUGAGGAGGGUAUCAGACGUUUAGUUCUUUGCUCUGGGAAGGUUUACUAUGAGCUUGAUGAAGAGCGAAAGAAGGUUGGGGCCAGUGAUGUUGCAAUAUGCCGUGUGGAACAGCUUUGCCCCUUCCCCUAUGAUCUCAUACAACGAGAGCUCAAGCGAUAUCCAAAUGCGGAGAUUGUUUGGUGCCAGGAAGAACAAAUGAACAUGGGUGCAUACAAUUACGUUUCACCUCGGCUUGGCACUGCAAUGAAAGCACUGGGCAGAGGAUCCAUGGAAGACAUUAAAUAUGUUGGUCGUGAUCCAUCGGCUGCCACAGCCACGGGUUUCUACCAGGUUCAUGUGAAGGAACAAACCGAGCUCAUACAGAAGGCCAUGCAACGUGAGCCAAUCAAGUAUCCUUAAGAAGCACUCAAGAAAACCGACCUUCAUAAGAUCGAUCACAAUUUUGACAAUAACAUCUGCUGCUGAAUUUGAUACUCUUUUUAUUUGUUUAUGAUUGCUUUCAGUUGAGCCACCAUUAUACUCGUACAGAAGCUGGAUUGUUUACCGAGACGAAUUUUUUGUGCACCAUUUUGGAGCAUUUUCAUUGGAAGUUUUCACCAAAUUGUUUUCAUUCAUUCAGUGAACUCUUUGACUAAUAGAUAUAUAAUUGAAUAAAAUGGAAAAAUGUGA